GAGCACUUCCGACGACGAGUAUGAUGAUGCAGCCCCUGCUCAAGACAUCGCUCCAGAAGCACGGAGACCUGGCCAAGGCCGUCGAGAAGCUGCGCAUGGAAGCCAAGAUGACCUCCGAGUACUCAAGCAGCAGCAAUAGCGGCGGCUUGCGGCGGUCUCUCAAGGAAGUCGGCCUGACCCCUCGAUUCCGAUCCAACGACUAUGUCAAAGUGUAUCGAGGCCACUCUCUGCGGAAGGCUCGCGUCGUGCAUGUGACCGCGACUGAGUAUUUUGUCCAUUACCAAGGACUCCCCUCCGACAUGGACGAGUAUGUACCGCAUUAUCGGGUAAUCGAAGACCGAGAGAUGAAGGCGUCCACAUCGACCGCCAACGCUGCUCGAGAUGACGAACUUGAGCAACUCCGACAGGAGAAUCGACGACUCAAGGAAGAUCUACAGAAAUCCCAGGAACGCAUCAAGCGCGCCGAAGACGACAUGGCAGAAGAGUGGAGGAAGGAGUGCUCGGUGCUGCAAGCCAAGUGCUUGCUCGUGAGCGACCACUGUCGAGAAGCCGUAACGCGCGUGUACAACGUCCUGGAAGAGAAGCAGCGCAUGCUCGACAGUUGGAACUGCGUGAUUUGCACCACGACCGCCGUGGACUCCGCCUUUGUCCCUUGCGGUCACAUGUUCUGCACGGGUUGCAGCUCCCAAUGCAAGACGUGUCCAAUCUGCCGACAGGAAUUUAUCAUGCGACUGCCGCUCUACAAACCAUAGCACUCAAAGUAUGUAUUAAUAUCGUUCAUAACGUUACUAUUUUUUUAUUAGUCCAACUAACAUUUUUGUGCCUCUCUGAUUGGUUGAAUAUAUUCUCCAUGUCCGGAUCUGAUUGGCUCUCCAACACAACUGCACGCUUAUUGGCUAAAAACGAUUGAUUAUUCCGUCUUCUUGGCACUCUUCAACUUGCGCACAGGGACGAGGUGGAAAAGCACGUAGAGCACGGCAAGGAUGAUGUGUCCCGAGAACUUGAGGUUCGAGAGCGCUUGGAGGGAGUUCUCCCAGCUGAGUGCUUGGAACGGGAUCACGAGGUAGUGCAGGGCCAGCACGGACGCCAGCCCUCCGACGACAUCGUACACGGCCUUGAACGGGCCGGCCGUCUUGCCAUCCUCCUGGAGGAACCACGGACGCACGCGUUUGAAGGCGAGGCGGCCGACGUUCGUCGCCAUCGGGACGCUCAUGAAGAAGAUGUAGUACCCGGGGUAGAACCCGUGCCAGAACGCCGACACGAAGUACGUCGCCGUGAGAGAGUUGUUGGUGCGCGAGUACACGUAUCGCUCGAGCCAGUUCUGCGUGCCCUUGUUCCAAGCGCGGGACGCGUCGCGCAGGGACAGCGGCAGCUCAAAGCCGAGCACAUCCAUGUUGCUCACGAGGUUCCAUCCCUUCGAGCCACCCUUAGCGUCGACGCCUUCGAAGCCGAAGCCGCAGAGCACCGUCGCGCCUUCCGCGAUCUUCCACGCCGAGUAGUACUUGGACUUGACGAAGAAGAGAGUGAUGUACAACGUCGCCACGUGCUGGUACCACGGGAGGUCGCCGGAUUCCUUGGAGUAGAGCAACGUGAUGGGGUACUUGCCUCCAAACACGACCAUGAGCACCAUGAAGAAGACACCCACGAGCAGCUUUGAGAUGGCCGCCAAGGUGCAUCCAGGACCGAGCUUCUUGACGCCGUUCACCACGUCCAAGUACUCGCGGAUCUCGAACGCCGGACCGGCGAGGAAUGUCGGGAAGCAGUACACGUACGCAAAGAACUCGAGAAGGGACGGCAGCUGCGGGAUGCUGAGGGACUUGCGGGAAGCAUACACGCUGGCAAGGGCCUUGUUGUCCGUGGGAGUGUUAAGUCGCUUGAUGUCCACGACGCCGUCAAAGUAGUUGUAAGCAAACGCAGUUAACUUGAUCACGAGCAGCAUCUGUGGACCCGUGAUGUCCAAGCUCCAGCCCAUGUAAUCCACAUACAGACGGUACAAGUGCGACGCAGAAAUGUACAGCAUAUUCCACACAAACACGAGACGAGGAGCGUACUUGGCGGGCGCGAGCACCACCAGGAGAUACGUGGACAGCGCCAUGAUGAGCGUGUGUACCCACGACGCGCCAAACACAAACUGCGCGAGGGAAACACCCACGCCGAGCGAGAACAGGUGCUUCAACGUCGCGGAGGGGAGCAGCGAGAACACCAGCGCGAACGGGUACGCGCCGAAGAGACAGCUGACGUACCGCACUUGGUCCAAGGGCAGUCCCGCAGCGUCGGCGACGGUGGCCAAGUACGCGUUCGCCGCCUCGAACUUGAGGGGUGUGAGCAAUUCCGCGUAGACACUAAGGUCUUGCAGAAUGGGCUGGAUCACCGCCAUGCCCUGGUCAACGCCCUCCACGACGGAACUCACGAUUCCUUCCAUCAUAAUGCGGCGACAACGAAAUAUGCGAAGUGGGGUCAAGAAGUCCCCACCGAAGUUUUAUUAUGUGCGACAAAGCCGCGC